CUAUGCGAACUACUUGUUCUGACACCAUUAAGAGAUGUAAACAAACAUUAGCCUAUGUAAUGACAUCAUAUCAUCAUUUUUAAUUAUUGAAUUUAAACAUAAAAAGUGUUCGUUUAGAUUAAGGUUUGAUGCUGAACGAAAUAUGAUUAUUAAGGAAUCGCUUGCUAGCCUUUUAAAAUGUGAACUUGAGUCAACUAAAGGAAAAUCUAGCAAAAAAGAAAAACACAGACUGACGUAAAGCAAGACACAAGUAACACUGGGCGACACGUGCGCGAGCGUGCCAGUGCGCGCUCUCUUGAUGCCACGAGUGGACGAGACCAAGUGUGCUGUGGAUUUUACUGUAACAAUCUACUUUUCUUGUUUCAAUGUAUUUCGUUCAGGAAUUUAGUAAUGUGGAGACUCCUGUCGUGGAUUUUUCUGACAGCCAGUUUGCAUCAGGCCAGUUCCCAAAACACCACCGACUCACCUCUUGUGACCACAGAGUUUGACCCUCAUAAACGAUUCCGAUACUGCAAAUGGCCCUGUAAGUGCCCCAAGAGUGCCCCCUUGUGUCCACCCGGGGUCAGCCUUCUGACGGAUGGAUGUGACUGUUGCAAACACUGUUCCAUGCAGGUGGGCGAGACCUGUAAUGAGAGAGAUAUAUGUGACUAUCAUAAAGGACUUUACUGUGACUACAGUGCUGACAAGCCGAGGUACGAAAAAGGAGUAUGUGCGUAUGUUAGGGGAACAGGCUGUGAGUAUAAUGGUGUGAUUUACCGCAGUGGCCAGAGUUUUCAACCCAGUUGUAAGUAUCGCUGUCUCUGUGUGAAUGGGGCUAUCGGGUGUGUGCCUCUCUGUACUGAGUCCCAACCACCCCGGGUGUGGUGUCAGUCACCCAAGCGUGUGAAGAUUCCAGGUCAGUGUUGUGAGAAAUGGUUUUGUGAUGAAACGCGUAAACUGCGCAAGACCAACCCGAGACAUGCCCCUGAGGAGGAGUCCUUCUCCACUAACGAUAUUAUGGAUAAAAAUUGCAUUACGCAGACAACGCCAUGGAGUCCCUGCUCAAAGACUUGUGGGCGGGGCAUAUCACUCCGUGUCUCCAAUGACAAUGCUGAGUGUGUGAUGGAGAAAGAGACCCGACUGUGUAAUCUGCGACCCUGUGAGGUGGACAUCACUAAGCACUUUAGACCGGGUAAAAAAUGCCUGAACAUCUACCGCGAGCCAGAAUUUCGAAACUUCACCAUAUCAGGCUGCGUCAGUAAGAAGCAAUAUUGGCCGAAGUACUGUGGAGUUUGUACCGAUGAGCGCUGCUGCAUUCCCUACAAGUCGAAGACAAUCGAGGUGGAGUUUGUAUGUCCUAAUGGAUCAAUCCUAACCUGGAAGUAUUUGUGGAUCAACGCCUGCUUUUGUAACCUCUCGUGCAGGAACCCAAAUGAUAUCUUUGCAGAUCUGGAGCAAUACUAUGAGGUUAAUGAAAUCAUUAACUAAUUCAUUGACAAAGAGCCAUUUGCAAUCUUUAAGAUCUUUAUGGGGUUUAUUUUCCUCAGACAGAAAUCAUUCUCUGUAGAUGAUAUUAGCAGUUACACUUGUUGAAAUGGCUUGUGAGAAAAAUGUUAAUUUAAGACGAAGGACAUUAUGAUACAAGAAGAUUGUCUAUGGAUGUAUGGAGAAAAACUAAUUCAAGAGUCUAUUUAAGAAAAAAAUUAAGAGAAUAUUGGUUGCGGUCCUGUUUAAAAUCUGCAAACCUAAAACUCAGAAUGACAAAAAACACCCUACACGCAUUUUUGUAAAUAGGAUGUUUUUCAAUUCAUUUGCUUGAAGCAAAAAUAUAUUUUCUGAUAAUGAUAAAAGGAAAUCUCACUAUAUGUAAUACACAUCAGAGCUUAAUAAUUCAUGUUAAUUUUAAAUUGAUUUUUGAUUUUGUUUUCUUGUAUAGAACAUUCCAAAUAGAUAUAUAAACAUAUCCUGUAUAUGUUUACUUUAUUCAGCCUCUGCUUAAUGACUAAAUGUAAAUAUAUACCAAAGAAAAACAGUUAUCUCUUUGUUAUUCAACCACUUAUUCUGGUCCUUAUGUGUAUUUAAUUCUGGGAAUAUCGCAAGUAUAUGUAUUUUUUUGAUAAAAAGAUGUGCGUUUGUGCUUUUGCUUGUAUUUAUUUCUUUUGAAACUCAAUGUAGUGUGCUAUACAAAAUAAAGCAGGCGCAAAUGUGUCAAAGUCCCUGCACCUAUAACGUUCCUUUUUGAAUUUGUGAAAUUUCUAAUAACAUUUCAAUA